AGUGAAGAGUAAAGCAAAAGUCGUCCUGCUUUAAAAAACUGAAUGGAAAGGAUGGGACAUCAUCCACCGUCCAUUGUCUCCCUCCUCAUCUCAUCCCAUCGCCGCCUCUCCAAUCUCCGCCCUUGACCGCCACCGCCGCCGCCGCCGUACUGGUGUUUCGGUUCUCAUAUAUAUAUAUAAUAUUUUGAUUUUUGGUUGAGGAGGAGGAGAGUGGUGAUAACAAUUGUUUGAGUAGAGAUGGGAUGCACGGCGUCGAAGCUCGACAAUGAGGACACCGUGCGGCGGUGCAAGGAGCGGCGCCGCCUCAUGAAAGAUGCUGUCUACGCGCGCCACCACCUCGCCGCCGCGCACUCCGACUACUGCCGCUCCCUCCGCGUCACCGGCUCGGCGCUCGUCACGUUCGCCUCCGGCGAGCCGCUCACCGUCUCGCACCACGCCCCCGCCGUCCUCCUCCGGACGCCGUCGUCCGACGCCGGCGCCGACGUCAAGCAUCCGCCUCCGCCGCCGCCGCGCCAUCGCGGUGCUUCCCAUUCUCCUUCCCCGUCCGUCCAGGCUCCUCCUCCUCCUCCUCCGCCGCCGCGCGCUCCUUCCACCGCCGCCUCCUCCCGUAGCCAGUACAAACAACCGCCGCCGCCGCCGCCGAUGCGUCGGAAGAAACCGGUGAAACUUCCGCACAUCCUCUCCGACUCGAGCUUCUCAUCCUCGCCGCCUCCCAACCAUAACUUCACCUACGAAGCUCGAGCGAAUUCAACCUACUCCAGCACUCCAUCUCAGACCUCCUCCGUGUGGAAUUGGGACAAUUUCUACCCUCCGCCAUCUCCGCCUGAUUCCGAAUACUUUCAACAACUCCAGAACAAGAAGAAUUCCACAAAUCCACUCGACGACGACAACAAUUCGGACGACGAUCGGUACACAGACAGAGCUUCAAGCUUCGCAUCGUAUUCCAACCGUCAGGAUCAGGUAGAUCGGCAUCCGAAUCCUCUCAGCAGCAAGCUCUUCGAAGACGACGCAUCCAAUUACUCUUCAUAUUCGCGAUUCUCCAACAAUUCUCAACCAAAAAGCCACACAAGGCGUCCAGGCUCUGCAACGUUGCAGAAGAAGGGGAAGAAUCUGAAACCCUGGGAAGGCGAAGAGGAAGAGGAAGAAGAAGAAGAAGAAGAAACAGAGAGAGAGGAAGUUCAGUGCAGCGAAUGGGGAGACCAUGACCGUUACAGCACUACAAGCAGUUCAUCCGAUGCCGACGAGAUGGAGGAUUUGAAAUCCAGAUCUGAUUUCGAGACACGAUCCAAUUUCGAUUCAGUGAAAGACGAGGCUGCUCCGACACCUACCAAUCCGAAAAUACCCAAUUUCAAUCCGAAUUCAAAGUUCUCCAGCAAAUCAGAGAAGCUAUCUUCAGAGGAUGAUGGCAAAUCAUCAGUCAGUUGGGGAGACAUGAACAGCAAAGCAAGGGAGAGUUCUGAGAACAGGAUUGUGGUCAGGCACAAAGAUUUGGCAGAGAUUGUGGCUGCUAUCAGGGAGUAUUUCGACAAGGCAGCUUCUGCCGGAGAACAGGUCUCGGAAAUGCUCGAAACUGGCCGAGCUCAGCUCGACCGGAGCUUCAAGCAAUUGAGAAAAACUGUGUAUCAUUCUAGUGGGAUGUUGAGUAACUUGAGCUCCAGCUGGACAUCGAAGCCUCCAUUAACGGUUAAAUAUCGUUUUGAGCCCAAUUCAAUCGAGCAAUCUGGCGAUCAAAAGAGCCUUUGUUCCACUCUAGAACGGCUGCUGGCGUGGGAGAAGAAGCUAUACCAAGAAGUGAAGACAAGAGAAGGAGUGAAAAUCGAGCACGAGAAAAAACUGUCGUCGCUCCAAAGUCAAGAAUGCCGAGGGGAAGAUGAAACCAAGUUAGACAAGACGAAGGCAUCGAUAAACCGGCUUCAAUCUCUAUUCAUGGUGACAUCUCAGGCUGUGUCGACUACCUCAUCUGCCAUUAUCGGUCUACGAGAUUCUAACCUCGUCCCUCAGCUCGUUGAUCUCUGUCAUGGGUUCAUGUACAUGUGGAGAUCGAUGAACCAGUUCCACGAAGUCCAGAACGACAUCGUGCAGCAAGUCCGGGGCCUUGUCAACACCGCCGGAAAAGGAGAGUCGACGUCGGACCUCCACCGGCAGGCGACCCGGGACCUCGAGUCCGCCGUAUCCGCGUGGCACUCGAGCUUCUGCCGCCUGAUCAAAUUCCAACGCGACUUCGUCCGAUCCCUCCACGCCUGGUUCAAGCUCACCCUCCAGCCCGUCGACCCCGCUCCCGCCGACACGUUGUCGGAGGCGUUCGCAUUCUGCGACGAGUGGAAGCUUGCGCUCGACCGCGUCCCUGACACCGUCGCCUCCGAGGCCAUCAAGAGCUUCAUCAACGUUGUCCACUCGAUCUCCGCCAAACAGUCGGAGGAGAUCAAGAUCAAGAAACGGACGGAGACUGCGAACAAGGAGCUCGAGCGAAAAGCGUCGUCCCUCCGUAGCAUCGAGAAGAAGUAUUACCACUCGUACUCGAUGGUCGGGAUCGGGCUCCCGGACACAGGCCCGGAUUCGGGCCACGUGCUCGACGCGCGGGACCCGCUGUCGGAGAAGAAGGCUGAGCUGGCGACUUGCCAGAGGCGGGUGGAGGACGAGAUGGUGAAGCACUCCAAGGCGGUGGAGGUGACGCGGGCGAUGACGCUGAAUAAUAUUCAGACGGGACUUCCGGGAGUUUUUCAGGCGAUGACGAGCUUUUCGUCGCUGAUGUACGAAGCGCUUUCGACGGUAUGCACCCGAUCUUAUGCUAUUUAAAGGUUGAAAAACAUUCGGGAAACGAGAGCAAAGCUUUUUAGCCAGUGUUAUGUAAUGUUGUUACUACUAUAUGUUUGUUAAUGUUGUUUACACGUUUUGUUUUGUUUUGGAGAAGUGUUUUUUUCGGGUUUUUGGGGGGGCUAUUUGGAGCUCUAUACAAAGGCUGGGAUUUUAUUUUCAUUUUUUUGGUCUAUUUGUUUAUUAUUACCUUGGAAAUAUGUGAAUAUGUUUUGAGUGUUUUUGCAGGCUUAUGAGGCCUUAUUGUUGUUGUACAUCAAAGUGUUUAUGUUGAAGAAGAUGUUGAGGUUUUGUUGAACUUUUGCUUAUGAAUAAAUGGUGAUUUAAUGGA